CAUUGGCCCACAAAUUUUCUUUCUUUCUUUCUUUUUUUCUUUUAUUUACCUAAAAGUAAUUAAUUGAACAAACAAAUGUUAUCAGUUCAUGAUUAGAGAUUAAAGGGUAUCAUACAUCUAAUUCAAUAUAAUAUAGUCCCCUCAUAAAAUAAUUCAUCAAAAAAAAAAAAAAAAAAAAAAAAAAAAAAAGCAAACAAAUUCCUGAUUUAAAAGAAAGGAGCUAGCUUUCUUUGUUAUUGAGAGUAGAGAGAGAAAAAGUAGAAGAAAAUGGGGAGAGGAAGAGUGGAGUUGAAGAGGAUUGAAAACAAGAUCAACAGACAAGUAACAUUUGCAAAGAGAAGAAAUGGUCUUUUGAAGAAAGCUUAUGAACUUUCUGUACUUUGUGAUGCUGAAGUUGCUCUUAUCAUCUUCUCCAAUCGAGGAAAACUCUAUGAGUUUUGCAGUAGCCCUAGUUACUCUAUACAUUCUUUGCCUUCUAGCAUGCUCAAGACUCUAGAGAAGUAUCAAAAGAGCAACUAUGGACCCCCAGACAACACCGUCUCUACAAGAGAAGCCCUGGAAAUAAGUAGCCAGCAAGAGUACCUAAAGCUUAAAGCGCGUUAUGAGUCCCUGCUGCGGACACAUAGGAAUCUCAUGGGAGAAGAUCUUGGUCCUCUAAGCAGCAAGGAGCUUGAAUCUCUUGAAAGGCAGCUUGAUAUGUCACUGAAGCAGAUCAGAUCAAUUAGGACACAGUGCAUGGUGGAUCAACUCACUGAUCUACAAAGGAAGGAACAUAUGCUUAAUGAAGCAAACAGAACUCUAAAACAAAGGUUGAUUGAAGCAAACCAAGCAAGUUCUCUUCAAUGGGGGAAUGUGCAAGAUGUUGGUUAUGGUAGACAGCCUGCUCAACCUCAUGAUGAUACCUUCUUUCACCCUCUUGACUGUGAACCAACACUGCAAAUGGGUUACCAGCCUGAUGCAGUAAAUGCAGCAGCCGCGGCAGGAGCUAAUGCCAACAAUUUCUUACCAAAUUGGCUACCUUGAACAUGCCUUUGUCCUUAGUUAAAAAGGCUUCAUAUAAAUGGCUGUGAAUUCGAGCUGUAAUCCAUAUAUGCUGAGUGUUCUCUUGUCAUAAUUCACAAGACCAAAAGUAUACGAUUAUUGUGUGUUUGUGUGUAAGAACAACUCUGAACAUUAUUUGCUGUUAUAUUUUUGUACUUUGGAUAAACCUUGUCUGCAAAUGGAAUAUUUACUAGUAACUAGUAAUAUUGCUUUCUUAUGCUAA